AUGGAUAGGCAAGUUAUAAACUUAGAAGAAAUAUUACCUUUUUCGUAUACAAGAGAUGUGGAGCUUGUUCCCAUGUAUUGUUUUGAAGUAAAAAAAGAAGUUGCUAAAGACGCUUUAAAUAUUAUGAAAGAUUAUAUUAAUAAUCAAUUAUAUGAUAAAUAUAAUCAUUUGAAGAGAUGUAGAAAAUGUACGGAUUCGGUUCAAAUUUUGAUAGGUGCGUGUAAUCAUAUACCAUUUGAAUUAUCACAGAAGUUAAUAGAAAAAAUGAAACAAGAAAAUAAUAAUGAUGAAUUUAAUGAUAUUAUAAUAACUAAAAUUAUGGUUUCUAAAUAUGCACCUAUUACUAGGAAACAAUAUAUUGAAUGGUCCACUUAUUGGCCUUUAUAUUUUAGAAAACCUGAUAAAGAUAUUUUAAUUUUAACAAAGGAAGAAAUUAAUAAAUAUAUAAAAUUAUUAUAUAUAUCUAUUGAUAUAGGAAAACAAUUUGGUACUUGUAAUAGUGGAUGUAUUAUAACAUAUAAUGAUGAAAUUAUUGCUUCCUCAGGAGAUAAUAUAAAAAAUCAUCCUCUUCAUCAUGCUCCUAUGCUAGCUAUAGAACAAGUAUCAUAUAAACUAAGACAUAUAUGGUUAAACAAACAAACAGAAAAAAAUAAUUUACAAAAAAAAAUGAAAAUAAUUCACAAACAACAAAUUAAUAACCGUGAUAGUUUAAAUGAUCAUAAACAUGAAAAUAAUAAAAGUAAUCAUAAUAUCCUAAUUGAUCAUAUACCUAAUGAUCAAUAUCUUUGUACAAAUUUUUUUGCUUUCCUAAGUCAUGAACCCUGUUAUAUGUGUGCUAUGGCUUUAUUACAUUCAAGAAUAAAAUGUGUUAUUUUUGAUAAGGAGAAUAAAAAUAACGGAGCUCUCAGUAGUCAAGAAAAAUUACAUUGUAUUAAAAACUUAAAUCAUCAUUUUAAAGUAUUCAAAACAAUUAGGGGAUGA